CAAAACAAGAUAACCUGAUUCAGCAAGUUGGCAGGAACGAGCUGACCUCCCCGAUGCUUAAGUGGUUGAAACAGAUGGCACUAUACUGUUUGAUUCCGAGAGAGGAGCCAACUAACAUGGAUGAACAAAAUACCCACAUACUUAGAUGCUGGAGAAAGAUUACAAAACAUUGGUCUGUUCCAGAGGAGGAGACAUCAACCGACCAGGAUCUCCUCCCUGUACAGGGCAUGUUGAUUCUUGAAAGGCUUGCUACCUUUGAUCCUGAGAACUGUAUAGAAAUCAGCAGAGCAACAGGCCUCUUGUCAAAGGUCAUAGAGUUCACAAGCAACAGAGGUGACAUGAUAAAUAUUGAUGAGACACUGCUGAAAGGUUCAUCGUUGAAGCUUCUGAGAAGACUCGCAAGUACUAAAGGCAAAUUUGGUGUAACUUUGCGUCAGAAGAUUACAGAACAUCUCUUCCUUUGGAGCAACCUUGCAGAGAUCUUGGAUAACAGAGGGAGCAGCCAAGAACUUAGGGAGCUUACAGCAGAACUCAUUAGAAACUUUGCCAUGGAUGGAAAUGUGAAUAAUGAGAUCGGGCACAUCCCGAUGAUCAUUAGCAGGUUGAUGCAUGCAUUUCUUAGCCAAGGCGCAUCCUCAAGUGCAGUUUCAGAUCAGUUACUACGAAUGAACGCUGGGCAAGCACUAGCACUACUGGCAAUGGAGAGUGUCAAUAACUGUCUGGUUAUGUUAGCAGAACCAGGGUAUGUCUUCAUCAAGGAACUCACAAUUAUGAUCCAUAGUGGCAGGUACAGGUGCAUAGCUUCAAGCCUGCUGCAAAAUAUGUGUGUGCAUGCUCAAUUUGAGCUUGGCGACUCGGACCUGAAGGAAAUCUCCUACAUUACAAGAGAGGUGCUGGAAGGAAUAAUGGAUGCAGAAGGGAUAGAAUUGGAGGUUCUUGUUGGCCUUAGUUCACAAAUAUGUAAUGUCAUUCCAGGUGAUUUUGCACGAGAACUAGAGCAUGGUCAGAUCAAGGAAAGAUUUAUAAAGAGGCUUGUUGAUGCACUUAACUCAAAUAUGAUACCCACUUGUCAUUGUCCCGGAAUCAGGAGGGUGAUAGUUGAACAUGCCAUAUACAUGAUGGAGUGUAAUCCUGGCAACGCCAGCUGUUUCAACAAAUACUGGAUGAUGGAAGCACUGCUAAGGGUGGAGCGUACAACUUCAAGGGCUGAAAAUUACAGGUUCUUCUCGGGCGAUGCGGGACUCAUGGAGCACAGCGUACCUCUAUCUGCACUUGUGGCCAGAGCAAAAGAACUGAUGGGCCGUGGGCAGCUAUGAAACAUCAGCGGUGUCACCUGAACAUGUAUUCAGAUGGUAUUGUACUACUGGCCUAUACUGGGAGUGUGAGACUUGUAGACUCAAUUUGCUCACACUCGCUCUCGAGCUACUGAUUGCAAUCCAAGGAGAUCCCAUGAAAUUAGAGUUGAUAUUAAGCUGUUGAUUUGUGUUGACAAGUCGACAUUGUAUUGCCAUGAUGAUGGCACCUUAAAUAAUGGAUAUGUUUAGUGUUGUAAGACCAUGGAUACAUGGAAGAUGAUGAAUCUGCUUUCAGAUUGAAAAUGAAACGUCUUAGUAGCUGCGCAUUGUCAGGGUGUGAGGUUUCUAUAACACCAACUCAUAGGCUUCUAAAUUUUAAGCCUUAUGACGGGGGUUGUUUGGCACCAGUGGAUGGUGUGGUGAUUGAGUACCCACGAGUCACAAGGCAGCCACUGCAGCCCAGAUCCCAAACGCUCAUUAAGUUCAUCCUGCCAAUUUCCCAAAUAGAUGGCACUGAUCCUGACAAAGAACCAUGCAAUUUGAUCAUGGAUGGAGGGGAGAAGUAGGAUGGUAAUUUUUUUGGUUUACUCGAACACCACAAAUAUUGAAAUUUCUGCUUCCUAAAACGUAAUUAACUGAACUACUACAAAGUGCCCAUCUCCAAUGAACUGAAACGAUGUAUGCGUACGAUGUGCUUCUCGGAUUGUCAGAGCAGUCGAGAUCAGUCGGAGAUAAGAAGGGAUUAAUCAGAGGCGAGAAGGCGAGAGUGUACCUGUCAGAUCACAAAGGGUUCAAAGCUGGGACCCGACUUCCACACGGCCCCGCGAUUCGUAUCCCUGCCGGAGAGGCUGGUCGCGCGCCGCGUCCGGCUCAUCGGGGCGCCCGUCGCCGGCCGCCGCCGCUUAGGAAAAAUCGCCGAGAAUGGAUCACCCUAGAGGCUAGAGCCGUGAGUGUUGGGAUUUUCUUUUUUGACGGGUUGUUGGGAUUUCCUUUUUCCUACGGGGAACGAACGUGUGGCGAGCUGCUCGCUGGUGGUCGCCGUUUG